UUCCAACUAUUUUGACUUUUUCAUUUAAAUAUUCUUCUCGGAAUUAUGACUUUAUUCCCAUAAUAUUUCUCUCUACUUCUGUCAUAAUAUUACAACUUUUAAAGUUUUUCUUGAAUAUUUCAACUUUAUGCUUUGCAAGGAUGUUGUUUUCCUUCAUUAUAGUAUGCUAUUCUCGUAAAAAUGUUGACUUUUUUCUCGUUAGAUUCCGACAUUUGUCUGUUAAUAUUUUGACUUUAUUCUUGGAAAAUUACUGCUGAUUUUAGUUUUCUUGUUAAAUAUGAAUUUUAGAAUGUGCUGCGGGCCAACAACAAAACUGCCACAGGCCACAAAUGGCUCCUGGGCCGCACUUGGCCUGAGGCCCUUGGAUCUGCAGUAGGUGUCCAGCGUUGAGCUUACAUAGCUUCAUUGCCACUGUAAUGUUCGCUUGUUUUCAACACAGUUAUGGUGCUAACAAACAUUCAUUUCGUGCUAGAAAACCUACUUUAUGGCUAGAAUGUCAUCCAUCAAUGGAGGUAAUCAUACAUUACCCCUUCAACCACCACCACCACAGACGUUUAGCAGGAAAUACAAUGCAUUGUCCGUAGCGCCAUGACCUGGCGCUUAUGUCUCCAGUGAAGCGUGGGAGCAUGGGUCAGCAUGUGGUCAGUACCGCACAAAGCAGGAGGCUUUCAUUACCUUUCUGGCUCACCGGCUCCCCACUGGCCACGCUGGCCAGCUGCCGGCCGCUCAGGUGUCACUUUCCUAGCGUGGGCGGAGGCAGUGAGAUGUUUGGGCUCCGAGAAGCUGAAAGGUGCCAUAUCUGACCUGUAGAGCCGGAGAGGAUGGUUCUUCAUCGGGCUAUCCAGGCGGCUCGGGCGGGGGAUCUUCACACCCUUAGGGAGCUGGCAUCUUCUGGUCACCUGUCGCCCUCCAUCGUGGACGCUCAAGGCGCCGGCCCGGUGCACCACGCGGCCAGGUGUGGACGCCUGGAGUGCCUGCAGUUCCUGGUAGGCCAGCUGGGGCUGGCAGGUGGUGCACGGGCCUUGAACGGGGCCACGCCGGCACAUGAUGCCGCCGCCACCGGACAUGUGCUGGAGCUGCAGUGGCUGGUGGAGCAAGCGGGCUACAAUGUGGAGGUGAGAAAACAACACAGGGAUCAUGGUGGCCUAUUCAGAGCAUGGUGAUCAGUGGAG